AACAAACUUCAAAAAGAACCUAACCUAAAAUCUGGCCACCUAGGCAACAUGAUAAACAAAUCUUUAAAUAGUUUGAAAGUUUGAUCGAUCGCCUUAAACAUGGAUUGGUUGUCGUAUUUGAGAAAGGCGAAAAAAUCGUGUAUGAUUGACGGCAAUUUGAAAAAAGUCCGCUACGAUUUCGAUGAUGGUAAAGUGAUGGUUGAAGAGUACAACACAGAUACUUAUGUUGUGACAAGGAGGGCUUGGAAAAGCAAUUCAAAAAUUGACAGUGACGACAAAUGGGACGUUGAAUUAGGCGAUCCCGAACCAGUUUACAAUCAAGACGACAAUUUGAUUAUUAAAGAAAAUUCUAGUCAGCCAUUUAUCACGAAACGUUUGACGAAACGCAAUAUAGAAUGGCGUAUCAGAAACUUGCCGUACAAAUUGGAAGUGUAUUCAGUAACAGCUGAUCCAGACAAUAGAUGCAUCACUGUUAGGACUUCUAACAAGAAAUAUUUUAAAAAGUUGCCCGUCCCCGAUUUAGAUCGGAUUAAUUUGGUUCCUGUACAAAAAAAUAUUUGCAUAUCUCACAAUCUCAACACUCUCAUUAUUACUUAUAAUAAACCACCAGAACUACUGGAAUUGGAGAAAGCAAUAGUGGAAGAUAUUAAACAAGUUAAUCCACCAAAUCAUGGCGAUAAUGUGGGAUGUAAUCCAAGCUAAUUUCAAUAAAACUUAUUUUUCAAAUA